ACCCUUAAAAUAGAUUGUGAACCUAAAUACCAAGAAGCACACACUUUUGUAAUAUUUGUAGUAAAAACUAAUAUGAAUGGAGUUAAUAGUUCUGAUGGAGUGGUGGACUCAAGAGCCCUAUCAGUGCUAGCAAAAUGGCAGAAUUCAUAUAGCAUAAAAGUUUUCCUGCAAGAGCUUCAGCACCUAAUGAUGUCUAAAGAAGCCUCAAUGAUGUCUAAAGAAAAUAUGAAACUCCCUCAGUUACCUGAAGGAAAGUGUGAUAGCAAUUAA